AUGGCAAGCGUAGCAACAAACGAUAAUACACCUGCAGUUGAAGGUGGUGCAAUCAAACGUGUUUCAAAGUUACCAUACCCAGGUAAAUUCGAAGAUAUCAAUCGUAUUGCCUCUGAGGUGUUGUCACCUCAAGACGCAUUCGAUGGAUUCAAAUGUGAGGUAUCUGGAAUGUCAUCAAACCAAUUCCAAUUCUCUCAUGCUUUCCAUAUGGGUCAAUCAGAAGAAACACCCAAAUAUGCAUUGACUACAGUCUUUAGUGAUGAAACGAACCCACCAACUGCCAUCGGUAAAGUUGAUAGUGAUGGUAAAGUUUUCGGUCGUUUUAUUACUGCUACAUUGGGUGGUAGAAUGUUUAUUAGUGGUACUGUCAACAUUAAUAAAGAUUUCCAAACUUAUCUUGGAGGUGAAAUCGAACAUAAACAUCCAACUCAGAAUAUAGUAGUGAAAUAUGAUGCAAACAAUACAUUCGCAGCUGGAUAUAUCAGAUCGAUUACUAAGAGAUGGGCAGGUGGUCUUGAAAUCACACGUUCACCAGCUCAAAGAUUAUUUAUGUAUACAUUGGGAGUUCGUUAUAACCGUGGUCCAAACAGCUAUGUCUUCACAGCCAACAACUAUGCACAGGCUGCAAUGACCUACUCAUUCAAGAAGGCCAAUGCCGAAUUGGCCACCGAAUUACAAAUGAUGCUCGGUCAAACCGGUCUCGCUUCGAAGCUCAGCGUGGGAUUACGUUAUGGUUUCACUCAACAAGUAUUUAAGAUUCGUGCCGACACUGAAGGUACCGUCGUCGGAAUGUACGAGGAGAAAUUAACACCAUCUUUCAGAAUCUCAUUUUGCUCAACCUUGAAUUAUUUCACAAACGACUUUAAAUUUGGAAUUGGUUUGUCAAUCUCAAGAUAA